AUGUUAUUUUACGGUGACAACAUAAUAGCUGUCGAGAGCAUGAGGAAGCUUCAAUUGCAGCGCCGGAAGCUUGAAGCGUCGCGAUUCACCAAUAAUUUAAAAACAAAGCGGUUUAUCCACUGGAGUACGUUGUAUGUCCUGCCGGAAGUGUAUGAUACAGCUCGCAGUAUUAAUGAGAUUUGUCAGAAAUUGACAGCCAAUAUGUGCCUGUUCUCGCUCGACCGAGGAAAAUUAUUCCAUUUGCGGGAGUUCGAGGGGCAACAAGUGCAGAGCACAUUGGCUGUCAUCAAAUAUUUGAGGGAGGAAUGGGUGGACAGGACAAUUCAAUCUGCGAGAAUGUAUCUUCGUGACAUUGGAAAAGGAGCCUUUGAUCUUCGCCAGAGGAAUCCGCAUGUGUACGAUGUCAUCAAACUUCGACGUUUCAUCAAUAUGAUGGUGUUCUUUAUGCAGGACGCCCUAAAGACCUUGGUGAAGACGUCCAUAGAAAAAUACGCAGUUAUGCUCGAGGGCCCUGCGGAAUGUACCUCGAACGUGGACAUUGAUUUCACGUGGGGUGACAAUCUGAUCGAUACACAAUUUUCCCCAUGUCAAGGGCCAGUUUUCAAUGUUGAAUUAGUCAUGAAUGAACAUGGUGCUGGCUACACAACACCUGUAACACAGUUUCAGAAAAUACUAAUAGAGCGCUUGGAGGAGGCUUUGCUGCUGUGUCACAAAGUAAAGCAGCCUCAUGCAAGCUUGUUACCGAGCUUAACAUUCCCUCCCGAGUCAUACCUCAGCUCCACCGGCCUUCUUGAUGAUGCAGUCUGUGUCAUACGUGAAAGACUGACUCAAGCAUAUGAACGAGCCAUCAUCCCACUGCAAGCGUACGCAGACGAAUUCAAUAGAUACCUCGAUUUUUAUGCGAUGGAUGCAGAAAAAUAUAUCGCGACGAUUGAAAGAGAGGAUGAUACGACGGCUGUCUUCCAGGAAAAGAUAGCUUUCCACCGAGCUGCGAGGACGGAAAUCGAGAAGAGUGUGCCUAACAGCAUUGUUAUAGGACCUUUCAACGUCGUAUUGGAUGGGUUAAAGGGUUUUUUCGUUGAAAAGCACAAGGGCCUUUCCGUGCGCUUAUUGACGCUGUUAACGGAGAAAUUGAAAAUCCAACUCGAUGACUCGAUGUUCGAGUACAGUGAAAUGCGCAGAAAGCUGAGGGACGAUCCAAAAAGCAUCGAGGAAGUUUUUGAAAUACGAGAGUACAUGGAGAAUCUGCCACUUCGCAUUACAAAUUUGAGUGACAAUGUCAACCGUUUGAAAUUGGAGUACGAAGUGCUUGAGAACUUCAAGUGGAAUGUACCGGAUGAAGACUUUUGUACAAAAUGGCAGUGUAUUGGGUAUCCCAGGUUAAUUGAUGAGCAGAUUAUAGAAACGACUGAUUACUUAUCCGAAUGCGUGGAGAAAUUCUCGAAAGCAGAAUUGGACGAUGAAAUGACCCUGUCCGAGGGAAUCAUCAUCGUCUCCGGGAAUUUGGUGGAAUUACUGCGUCAGACAGAUGGUGAUAAGAUACACGAGAACGCAGUGGACGCGAGAAGAAUAUGGAAAUCAUUGAAAGCAUGUCAGGAACAGUCGCUCCUUCUUAACGAGCGUCGCAGAUUGCUUGGAAUGCCACCCACUGAUAUGAAUGCUCGUCUCAAUGAGCUGGAGCGUCAACUAGAACCUUACAAAAUCCUCUGGUGCACAGCAUCAGACUGGUUGAAGUACGAAGACAUGUGGAUGGAUAAUCCCUUGGUGACGGUUGAUCCUGAGGAGAUGGAUGUUUUGGUUACGGAAAUGCAGAAAUCCGUAGCUAAAUGCAAUAAAGUGUUCCAAGAUCACCCAAAUAUGCUAUCAGUUGGGGUCGAUAUAGCGUCGAAAAUUGAGGCUUUCAAACCAUACGUCGGUCUGAUGAAAUCCCUUCGGAAUCCCGGAAUAGAAGCUAAACACUUAGAGGAGAUGAAUUAUCGCACGGGACUUCGAGUGACUCUCGCACCACCAUCAAACCUCAAGGGUCUUAUAGCCCUCGGUGUAAUGGAUUUCAAAGAUAUCGUUGCCGAUGUAUCGGACAAGGCAACGCAGGAGUACACAAUAUGUUCGGCUUUGGAUAAAAUGAUGGGUGAAUGGGAGUCCGUGAAAAUGGAGAUUUUGACGUAUAAGGAAACAGGCACUUGUAUAAUGAAAGUCACUGAUGAAAUAUUAAUUAUGCUGGAUGAGCAUGUACAAGGUACUCAGCAAAUUGGGUAUGGACCGUACAGGGCGUUCUUUGAGAAGAGAAUAGACGCGUGGGAGGGAAAAUUGAAGCUCAUCCAGGAAGUUUUGAUGCAGUGGAUUAAAGUGCAGAAAGCUUGGAUGUACCUAGAACCCAUAUUCACCAGUGAGGAUAUAAGUCGUCAAUUGCCCAUGGAAGCCAAGAAAUAUAACGCAAUGGAUCGGAACUGGAGGAGAAUAAUGAAGAAAGCCCAAGAGUCUCCUUUCAUCCUUCGGACAUGUCCCGAUAAAACUUUAUUGGGCAGUUUGAAAGAAUGUGAGAAUCUCCUGGAGAUUGUACAGCGCGGUCUCUCCAACUAUCUCGAGGCUAAACGUUCGACUUUUCCGAGAUUUUAUUUUCUCAGUGACGACGAACUGCUCGAAAUUCUUGCGCAGGCUAAAAAUGUCAGAGCUGUUCAACCCCAUCUCAAUAAAUGCUUUGAGAAUAUGAAGGAAUUGAGGUUCGAGGAGGAUUUGGAAAUAACGAGAAUGUACUCGGCGGAUGGGGAAGAAGUCGUAUUGAAAUGUCCUAUUUAUCCUGUUGGACACGUGGAGGAGUGGUUGGGGCAGGUGGAGCUGGCUAUGCAGAGAACCCUCAGACAAAUAAUUGAAGAAGCGCUGGAUCACCUGCAAACAGAAGUCUAUGAAGAGUGGGUUUACAUGUGGCCGGGUCAAGUGGUUAUUUGUGCAAAUCAAAUAUUCUGGACCGCUCAAGUGGAAAAUGCAAUAAAUCUCAACUCUUUGAAUGAAUACUACACCGUUAUGCUGACUGAGCUCGACACGUUGAGAGGUUUGAUUAGAGGAAUGCCAACUCAGAUUCAGAGGCUCAUGCUAGAGUCUCUGAUAACGAUCCAGGUGCACGCGCGGGACGUUGUUACCAGAUUGAUCGAAAAGAGUGUGGGAAGUAUGGGUGAUUUCCAUUGGAAUUCUCAAAUGCGAUAUUACUGGGAAAAUUGUGAUGUGAAAAUUUGCGUCAUCAACGCCGAAUUUCCUUACGGUUACGAGUACCUGGGAAAUAACGGAAGACUCGUGAUAACGCCAUUGACGGAGCGGUGUUAUUUAACAUUAACCGGUGCACUGCAUUUGAAAUUCGGCGGUGCCCCAUCCGGACCAGCGGGAACGGGGAAAACGGAAACCACGAAAGAUCUGGCGAAAGCUUUUGCAAUUCAGUGCGUCGUUUUCAAUUGCUCAGAUCAGUUGGAUUAUAUCUCAAUGGGGAAGUUCUUCAAAGGGCUUGCGAGUGCGGGUGCCUGGGCCUGCUUCGACGAAUUCAAUAGAAUUGACAUAGAAGUACUCUCAGUGAUUGCCCAACAAAUAUUGACAAUCCAACAAGCGCAGCAGAUGCGAUCAUCUCGUUUCAUUUUCGAGGGUUGUGAUAUAACAUUAAAACCAAUGUGCGCUGUAUUUAUUACGAUGAAUCCUGGUUACGCUGGACGUACAGAAUUGCCAGACAAUUUGAAAGCCCUCUUCCGUCCGGUUGCUAUGAUGGUACCGAACUACGCCCUAAUUGCUGAAAUUUCAUUAUUUUCCUAUGGAUUUUCCGAGGCGAAGACUCUCGCUGUGAAAAUCACCAUGACAUUUAAGCUAAGCUCGGAGCAAUUGAGUAGCCAGGAUCACUAUGAUUUUGGUAUGCGGGCUGUUAAAACAGUGAUAGCAUACGCUGGAAAUUUAAAACGUCAGUCCGGGGACUUUGAUGAGUACAAAAUUUGCGUGCGCGCCUUGAGAGAUGUGAAUGUACCAAAGUUCUUCAAAGACGAUUUGAAACUGUUUGAAGGGAUUUUGUCGGAUUUAUUCCCGGGAUUGGAAGCUCUUGAGGCGGAUCGUGAUUUGCUGGAGGCAGGAAUCCGCGAAAUAAUUCGAAUGAUGGGAUUGAAGGAGCUUGAAGAGCAAAUCCUAAAAGUGAUUCAGCUGUACGAAACGACAACGGUCAGACACGGCUUGAUGUUGGUUGGACCAACUGGCACUGGGAAGACAAAGUGUUACCAAAUAUUGCGAGACGCGUGCAGAAUGCUGCAAGGUAAACAGGAAACUCCUGGGAAUGUCUUUGAGUCAGUUGAAACAGUCGUUCUCAAUCCCAAAGCGAUUACACUCGGUCAACUAUACGGAGAAUUUGAUAUUGAUACACAUGAGUGGACUGAUGGAAUUUUACCGCACAUGGUGCGAGCUGGAAGCAGUGCAAAUGAUAUGAAAAAAAGAUGGUACAUCUUUGAUGGGCCUGUUGAUGCCGUUUGGAUUGAGAAUAUGAAUACGGUGUUGGAUGAUAAUAAAAAAUUGUGUUUGACAUCGGGGGAGAUAAUUAAAUUGUCCCCGCGGCAAACAGUCAUGUUUGAAGUGGGAGAUCUCAAAGUCGCUUCUCCUGCCACUGUUUCCAGAUGUGGAAUGAUUUACUUGGAGUCCGGAACUGUAGGACACGAGGCAUUAAUUGACUGUUGGAUUGAAUCCCUCCCUCAGGUACUUCGAAUGAAGGGAUUCGCCACGGACCUGUCUAAAUUAACUUACGAGUUGCUUCCCCCAGCCCUCGCCAUUCUACGCAGUCAAAUGAGGGAAAUCGUUGCCACAGUGGAUGUGAUGAUGGUGCAGGCGUACAUAAACCUCAUCAAUGUACGAUUUUCCACAGAGCUGUCUGGCGAGGGUGAUUUGUUAACUCCCUGGGUAGCAUUUGCAAUUGUCUGGAGUAUUGGCGCAAGCUGUGAUUCGGAGAGUCGUUGGAUUUUCAGUGAAUGGCUUAGGACGAUUCAGAAGGAUUUGCAUCAUCCCACGCGGUUUCCAGAGGACGGGCUCGUCUACGAUUACACAUUAGAGGAGGGGGGAUACACCGAUGCAUCCGCGGAUAGUAACAUCCCGCCCCGAUGGAUGAAAUGGACGCAUGGAAAAGAAGCGGAAUCAUUAGGAGCGCACACGCAAUUUCAUGAUAUCGAUAUUCCUACCAUGGACACUAUCCGAAGCUCGACGAUUAUUGGAUAUCUACUACUGUAUAAGUCCAAUGUUCUGGCAGUCGGUCCAACGGGCAGUGGAAAAACCGUUACAAUUUCGAGAAAAUUGGCGAGGGGCAUGCCAGCCAAGUACAUCACUGACUUUGUCAUAUUUUCUGCGAAGACAUCAGCUCAAAAAGUCCAAGAUUUGAUCGAUUCCAAAUUGGAGAAACGAAGAACGGGCAGUUACGGGCCGCCAGUUUCGAAGAGGCAUAUUUUCUUCAUAGACGAUUUGAAUAUGCCCAUGUUAGAGCAGUAUGGCGCACAACCGCCUUUAGAACUCCUGCGUCAGUUGCUGGAUUUCAAUGGAUGGUACGAUACAACCGAUAUUGGAGAAUUCCGUGCAAUAUGUGAUGUUAAUUUGAUUGGGGCCAUGCAGCCACCUGGAGGCGGUAGGAACUCAAUAAGCGAGCGCGUGCUCCGCCACUUUCACCUAAUCGUAUUUCCAGAAAUGGAGGACGAGGCCAAAAGGAAAAUCUAUGGAACGAUCAUGAAAUCCUGGCUAGUGCGUGGUCCGUUGGCAAUUGAGCCGCUCGAUGAUAUUCUUAAUGCCAGCCUGAAUCUCUACAACACAGUUUGUCAGAAAUUCUUGCCAACCCCAGACAAGUCUCAUUACACUUUUAAUCUACGCGAUUUCUCGAGAAUUUUCCAAGGAAUGCUCAUGGCUGAGCCAGAGAAAAUCGACAUGGAAUCCGUACUCUUGCAGAGUCUAGAGGAAUACAAUGAAACAACAAAUGCACCCAUGAAUCUGGUCCUUUUUGAAGAAGCAAUGAGUCACAUAUCCAGAAUAAGUCGGAUUAUUCGACAAGCUAGAGGGAAUGCCUUGCUUCUGGGCAUGGGUGGCUCCGGACGACAGAGUCUAACACGACUGUCAGCAUUUUUGGGUGAACAUAUUUGUUUCCAAAUUGAGUCACGUCGCUCCUACAGCCUCAACGACUGGCACGAUGACAUUAAAGCCGUGAUGCUCAAGGCCGGAUUAUCGAGGCGAUCCAUCGUCUUUAUUUUUUCAGAUACACAGAUAAAAGAUGAGUCUUAUCUGGAGGACAUCCAUAAUAUCCUCAAUAGUGGGGAUGUGCCAAACAUCUAUCAAAAGGACGAACUCGAGAAGAUUUAUAAUGAUAUGAGGGUCGAGGUUCAGGAGGCUGGCCUCUCUCUUAACAGAACAAAUCUAUUCAAUGCAUAUUUGAAGAAUGUUCGGAAUAAUCUGCACACCGUCGUUACGAUGAGCCCCAUUGGCGAUGAAUUUCGUCGGCGAAUCCGGCAGUUUCCGGCAUUAGUGAACUGCUGUACUAUCGAUUGGUUCCAUCCGUGGUCGGACAAGGCAUUACAAAGCGUCGCCGUUCGUUUUAUCGAGGAAAUCCAGGACGAUCAUGUUACUGGCGAAAUUUUUGACGCUAUCGUAACUGCAUGCCAAUUCAUGCACUCAUCCACGAUCGAAACAAGUCGAGAAUACCUUCAGAUACUGAAUCGUCACAACUACGUAACACCUGUCUCCUAUCUAGAAAUGUUAUCCAACUACGGGAAUCUCUUGUACAAGAGGAAGAAGACCCUGACGCUGGAGAUGUCUCGUUUAUCCACGGGUCUGAAUAAGUUAUCAGCGACAGAAUCGGAAGUCAAAGAGAUGCAGUUAAUUCUGACCGAAAUGAAACCAGAACUGGAGCAAGCCACCAUUGCUACUUCAGCCAUGAUUGAUCGCAUACGUGAGGACACUAUUGAAGCUGAGAAGACCAAGAGUCUCGCUGAGGAGCAACAGAAGGAGGCGGCGAAGCUGAAGCGAGAGAACGAGGCAAUUCGAAAUGAAGCGGAUAUGGAGUUAAAUCAAGUGAAGCCAAUGCUCCAGGCGGCUGAGGCGAGCUUGAAGGCACUGAAUAAGGGAGACAUUACUGAGGUCAAAGCUAUGAAACGCCCUCCAGUUGGGGUUGUUCUCGUGAUUGAAGCCAUGUGCAUCGUCAAAGAUGUGAAACCGAACAAGCUACCUGGUAAAUUACCAGGCGAAAAAAUUCUCGAUUACUGGACACCAGGGAGUCAGAUGCUCGCGGACGCCGGUCACUUCCUCCGUGAGCUCGAGAACUUUGACAAAUCAAAGAUCACUGAGGAAAUGAUAAAUCGCUUGAAAGCCUACAUCGAAAAUCCGUCAUUCCACCCGAGCAAAGUUAUACAGGUCUCGAAAGCCUGUCACUCCCUUUGCCUCUGGCUCCACGCGAUGUACAACUGGUACUUCGUGAAUCUCAAAGUUGAGCCGAAAAUGGAGGCCUUGAAAAAUGCCGAAGCGAGUCUGAUGGAGACUGAGCGACAGUUGAGCCUAGCAAUGGAACAACUCAGAGAGGUUGAGGGUGGGAUUCAGAGGCUGGAGGACAUUCUUCGUAUUGAGGUGGAUAAGAAGACAAAGCUGGAAAACGAGGAGCAGCUGUGCGAGGAGAGAAUGUCAAGGGCAGUAAGAUUGAUAAACGGUCUUGCUGAGGAACAGAAAAGAUGGAUAACUGCGAUUGGAGAUAUACAGAUUUUGUACAACAAUGCUGUGGGCGAUAUUUUAAUAUCUUGCGGGGGAAUUGCGUAUCUCAGUCCUUUCACUGAUGUCUACCGCAGGGGCUUGUUAACAGCGUGGACGACAAUAAUGGCCAAUAAAAUUCCCCUGAGUGUGAAUCACACAGCUGUAGCGAUUCUGGGUGAUCCUGUGGAAAUUCAACAGUGGCACAUUAAUGGACUCCCGAGAGACUCAUUUUCCGUUGAAAAUGUCAUUCUCUCGAGGAAUGCUAAUCGAUGGCCACUUUUCAUAGAUCCGCAGCGUCAAGUGAAUAAGUGGAUCAAAAAAACGGAAAAAACAGCGGGUUUAUUGAUCGCACGGAUAACCGAUAAGGACUUGAUACGCGUUGUUGAGACAUGUGUGAAAUUCGGACGACCCUGCUUAAUCGAGAACGUGGAAUGCGAAUUGGAAUCCACGAUAGAUAGUGUCUUGAUGAAAAAUGUGUUCUCCUAUGGUGGCCAAUUGUCCAUAAAGAUCGGGGACAAUGUAGUUCCGUAUAGCGAUCAAUUUCGGUUAUAUUUAACCACAAAACUACCGAAUCCCCACUAUCCUCCGGAAAUCACAGUCAAAGUGCUGAUUGUGAAUUUUGCAUUGACCAAAAGUGGACUAUUGGAUCAAAUGCUGUCCCUGGCGGUUCUACAAGAGCGUCCAGAGUUGGAAGCAGUCCGAAGGGACAUAAUAAUUUCCUGCGCUGACAUGAAGCGGGACCUCAAGGAAAUUGAAAAUAAGAUACUUGAUAAACUAUCGAAAUCAGAAGGUUCUGCAGUCGAUGAUAUUGACCUGAUCACUACCCUCGAGGCGUCCAAACUCAAAAGUGAAGAAAUCAAAGUAAAGGUCUCCUCUGCAGAGGCGACACAAGCCGACAUUGACAGAACACGAUCCGCAUAUUUGCCCGUUGCAAAUCGAGCGCAAAUAUUAUAUUUCUCGAUUUGCGAUCUGAAAACCAUCGACUUCAUGUAUCAAUAUUCUUUGGAGUGGUUCAUAAAUAUUUAUACGGAUAGCAUUAUAAACACUGAAAAAUCGAACAACAUUGACGAACGUGUUUCGACUAUAAACGACUGCUUGACAUUCUCAACAUAUUCGAAUGUUUGCAGGAGCUUAUUCGAGAGGCAUAAGCUCCAUUUUGCUUUCCUCAUUUGCGUCAGAAUACAAAUUGAUACAGAUUUCAUAGAUAGAGAUGAAUGGAAACAUUUCCUUUUCGGCGCGACUCCCCCGCACCAAAGUUUAAAUCCAGCAGCCGAAUGGCUGCCUGAGCGGUCUUGGCUGGAGAUCCAAGCAUUGAAGGUGCUGAAGGAAUUUAAUAAUUUCACGGAAUUAUUCCGUGGGCGCUUGGAAAAUUUCAAAGCUUUGUACGACUCCAAGGAACCCGAAGUAGACUCGGGAUUGGAUAGUUUGAAGCUGGAUGACUUCCAGAAAUUACUCGUCAUAAAAUCCCUCAGGCCAGAUAGACUCAUCACUGCAAUUCAACUUUUCGUCAAUAAAUACCUGGGCAGGAAGUUGAUAGAACCACAAACCACUCAGUUGUCGACUGUCUACCGGGAAUCCCAUCCGAGAACUCCACUCGUAUUCAUUUUGUCGAGUGGGACGGAUCCUGCUGCGGAGUUGUACACACUUGCUGAGAGUGAAGGGAUGAAGAGUAGAUUUUAUACCAUAUCCCUUGGACAGGGACAAGGGCCGCGCGCUGAGUUCAUAUUAAAGGAAUCUCUCGACGCGGGGAAUUGGGUUUUUCUUCAAAAUUGUCAUCUCGCUCCCAGCUGGCUGCCACACCUGGAUGGACUCAUCGAAUCAUUCCCUGAUAAUAUCCACAAUGAUUUCCGUUUAUACUUGACGAGCACUCCAACUAUCAAUUUCCCCCCUACCAUAUUGGAGAACGCCAUGAAGUUGACAGUUGAACCGCCCAGAGGCAUCAAAGCAAACAUGUAUCGGGUUUACACAACUCAGAUACCUCUACUGCAUGAUUUAUUCACAUCGGAGGGUGUUAAGGUGAACGAAUUUAAAUCACUGCUGUACUCCCUCUGUCUAUUCCACUCGAUUCUCCUGGAAAGACGGAAGUACGGCUCAUUGGGCUUCAACAUCCCUUACGAAUUUUCUGACGGUGAUCUCGCCAUAUGCAUCUCCCAGCUCCAAAUGUUCAUCAGGGAAUAUACCGAAAUCCCCUUUGAGGUGCUCAUAUACACCGCUGGGCACGUGAACUAUGGAGGAAGAAUUACUGACGACUGGGACAGGCGGUGUGUUCUCACACUCCUCCAGGACUUUUAUAAUUCACAAGUCCUGAAAGACGAUCACAUAUUCGAUCCGAAAGGGUUAUACCGACAGGUGUCGACUGCUACCCCAGCAUCGUGUACUUACGAGAGCUACCUAAGUGCAAUAACGCGAUUACCCCUCAAUGAUAAGCCAGAGAUAUUCGGAUUACAUUAUAAUGCGGAGUUGAGUUAUGCAACGUCGGAAGCUUACUAUUGCACUACCAAUCUCGCUGCACUUCAGCCACGAACCACUCAGCGAUCAACAGGUGGCGAAGCCACAAUUCGCGUAAUCGCAGAAAAUCUUCUAGUCAAAGUACCCGGAUUAUUCGAUGUGCAGAUGAUUCAGGAGCGCCACCCAGUGCUUUACGGAGAAUCCCUCAACACAGUCUUACAAUUGGAGGCAAAACGUUACAAUGCCCUUUUGAAAAUUGUCUCCAACUCAUUGAGUCAAUUAUUAGCAGCACUGAAGGGUGAAAUUGUAAUGAACGAGAUGCUGGAAACAAUGGCGAGCAAUCUGAACAUGAAUAAUGUGCCUGAACUGUGGAAGUCACGAGGAUACCCUUCACUGAAACCUCUGGGAGCGUGGAUGUUGGACCUGAACGAGCGAAUUGAAUUCAUGAGAAAUUGGAGUGACAGGGGAAUUCCGUCGUCAUUCUGGAUCUCCGGAUUUUUCUUCCCCCAGGCGUUAUUUACAGGAACAUUACAGAAUUUCGCUCGAAAGCACUCGUUGCCCAUAGACACUAUUGAAUUUUCUUAUCAAAUCUUCGAAAGUUUGCCUCAUACCCGUGCAGAUGAUGGCUGCUGUUUGUACGGGCUGUUUCUCGAGGGCUGCCGAUGGGACGGCAAUACGCUUGAAGAGUCUAAUGCCAAAGUACUCCAUUCAGAAAUGAAACCUAUAUUUUUGAAACCAGAACAAAUACGAAAAUCUCCACCCAAGGGCGUUUAUAAUUGUCCCGUCUACAAAACACUUACACGCUCCGGCACUCUGAGUACUACAGGUCACUCCACGAACUUUGUCCUUUGCAUGGAAAUUCCCAGUUCGAGGGUAGAAACACAUUGGAUUAAAAGGGGAGUGGCUAUGAUAUGUGCUUUGGAUUACUGA